AUGCCCAGUCUCAGGCAGGCAGACAGAGAAAGGGAGAGGCAGGCAGACAGAGAAAGGGAGAGGCAGGCAGACAGAGAAAGGGAGAGGCAGGCAGACAGAGAAAGGGAGAGGCAGGCAGACAGAGAAAGGGAGAGGCAGGCAGACAGAGAAAGGGAGAGGCAGGCAGACAGAGAAAGGGAGAGGCAGGCAGACAGAGAAAGGGAGAGGCAGGCAGACAGAGAAAGGGAGAGGCAGGCAGACAGAGAAAGGGAGAGGCAGGCAGACAGAGAAAGGGAGAGGCAGGCAGACAGAGAAAGGGAGAGGCAGGCAGACAGAGAAAGGGAGAGGCAGGCAGACAGAGAAAGGGAGAGGCAGGCAGACAGAGAAAGGGAGAGGCAGGCAGACAGAGAAAGGGAGAGGCAGGCAGACAGAGAAAGGGAGAGGCAGGCAGACAGAGAAAGGGAGAGGCAGGCAGACAGAGAAAGGGAGAGGCAGGCAGACAGAGAAAGGGAGAGGCAGGCAGACAGAGAAAGGGAGAGGCAGGCAGACAGAGAAAGGGAGAGGCAGGCAGACAGAGAAAGGGAGAGGCAGGCAGACAGAGAAAGGGAGAGGCAGGCAGACAGAGAAAGGGAGAGGCAGGCAGACAGAGAAAGGGAGAGGCAGGCAGACAGAGAAAGGGAGAGGCAGGCAGACAGAGAAAGGGAGAGGCAGGCAGACAGAGAAAGGGAGAGGCAGGCAGACAGAGAAAGGGAGAGGCAGGCAGACAGAGAAAGGGAGAGGCAGGCAGACAGAGAAAGGGAGAGGCAGGCAGACAGAGAAAGGGAGAGGCAGGCAGACAGAGAAAGGGAGAGGCAGGCAGACAGAGAAAGGGAGAGGCAGGCAGACAGAGAAAGGGAGAGGCAGGCAGACAGAGAAAGGGAGAGGCAGGCAGACAGAGAAAGGGAGAGGCAGGCAGACAGAGAAAGGGAGAGGCAGGCAGACAGAGAAAGGGAGAGGCAGGCAGACAGAGAAAGGGAGAGGCAGGCAGACAGAGAAAGGGAGAGGCAGGCAGACAGAGAAAGGGAGAGGCAGGCAGACAGAGAAAGGGAGAGGCAGGCAGACAGAGAAAGGGAGAGGCAGGCAGACAGAGAAAGGGAGAGGCAGGCAGACAGAGAAAGGGAGAGGCAGGCAGACAGAGAAAGGGAGAGGCAGGCAGACAGAGAAAGGGAGAGGCAGGCAGACAGAGAAAGGGAGAGGCAGGCAGACAGAGAAAGGGAGAGGCAGGCAGACAGAGAAAGGGAGAGGCAGGCAGACAGAGAAAGGGAGAGGCAGGCAGACAGAGAAAGGGAGAGGCAGGCAGACAGAGAAAGGGAGAGGCAGGCAGACAGAGAAAGGGAGAGGCAGGCAGACAGAGAAAGGGAGAGGCAGGCAGACAGAGAAAGGGAGAGGCAGGCAGACAGAGAAAGGGAGAGGCAGGCAGACAGAGAAAGGGAGAGGCAGGCAGACAGAGAAAGGGAGAGGCAGGCAGACAGAGAAAGGGAGAGGCAGGCAGACAGAGAAAGGGAGAGGCAGGCAGACAGAGAAAGGGAGAGGCAGGCAGACAGAGAAAGGGAGAGGCAGGCAGACAGAGAAAGGGAGAGGCAGGCAGACAGAGAAAGGGAGAGGCAGGCAGACAGAGAAAGGGAGAGGCAGGCAGACAGAGAAAGGGAGAGGCAGGCAGACAGAGAAAGGGAGAGGCAGGCAGACAGAGAAAGGGAGAGGCAGGCAGACAGAGAAAGGGAGAGGCAGGCAGACAGAGAAAGGGAGAGGCAGGCAGACAGAGAAAGGGAGAGGCAGGCAGACAGAGAAAGGGAGAGGCAGGCAGACAGAGAAAGGGAGAGGCAGGCAGACAGAGAAAGGGAGAGGCAGGCAGACAGAGAAAGGGAGAGGCAGGCAGACAGAGAAAGGGAGAGGCAGGCAGACAGAGAAAGGGAGAGGCAGGCAGACAGAGAAAGGGAGAGGCAGGCAGACAGAGAAAGGGAGAGGCAGGCAGACAGAGAAAGGGAGAGGCAGGCAGACAGAGAAAGGGAGAGGCAGGCAGACAGAGAAAGGGAGAGGCAGGCAGACAGAGAAAGGGAGAGGCAGGCAGACAGAGAAAGGGAGAGGCAGGCAGACAGAGAAAGGGAGAGGCAGGCAGACAGAGAAAGGGAGAGGCAGGCAGACAGAGAAAGGGAGAGGCAGGCAGACAGAGAAAGGGAGAGGCAGGCAGACAGAGAAAGGGAGAGGCAGGCAGACAGAGAAAGGGAGAGGCAGGCAGACAGAGAAAGGGAGAGGCAGGCAGACAGAGAAAGGGAGAGGCAGGCAGACAGAGAAAGGGAGAGGCAGGCAGACAGAGAAAGGGAGAGGCAGGCAGACAGAGAAAGGGAGAGGCAGGCAGACAGAGAAAGGGAGAGGCAGGCAGACAGAGAAAGGGAGAGGCAGGCAGACAGAGAAAGGGAGAGGCAGGCAGACAGAGAAAGGGAGAGGCAGGCAGACAGAGAAAGGGAGAGGCAGGCAGACAGAGAAAGGGAGAGGCAGGCAGACAGAGAAAGGGAGAGGCAGGCAGACAGAGAAAGGGAGAGGCAGGCAGACAGAGAAAGGGAGAGGCAGGCAGACAGAGAAAGGGAGAGGCAGGCAGACAGAGAAAGGGAGAGGCAGGCAGACAGAGAAAGGGAGAGGCAGGCAGACAGAGAAAGGGAGAGGCAGGCAGACAGAGAAAGGGAGAGGCAGGCAGACAGAGAAAGGGAGAGGCAGGCAGACAGAGAAAGGGAGAGGCAGGCAGACAGAGAAAGGGAGAGGCAGGCAGACAGAGAAAGGGAGAGGCAGGCAGACAGAGAAAGGGAGAGGCAGGCAGACAGAGAAAGGGAGAGGCAGGCAGACAGAGAAAGGGAGAGGCAGGCAGACAGAGAAAGGGAGAGGCAGGCAGACAGAGAAAGGGAGAGGCAGGCAGACAGAGAAAGGGAGAGGCAGGCAGACAGAGAAAGGGAGAGGCAGGCAGACAGAGAAAGGGAGAGGCAGGCAGACAGAGAAAGGGAGAGGCAGGCAGACAGAGAAAGGGAGAGGCAGGCAGACAGAGAAAGGGAGAGGCAGGCAGACAGAGAAAGGGAGAGGCAGGCAGACAGAGAAAGGGAGAGGCAGGCAGACAGAGAAAGGGAGAGGCAGGCAGACAGAGAAAGGGAGAGGCAGGCAGACAGAGAAAGGGAGAGGCAGGCAGACAGAGAAAGGGAGAGGCAGGCAGACAGAGAAAGGGAGAGGCAGGCAGACAGAGAAAGGGAGAGGCAGGCAGACAGAGAAAGGGAGAGGCAGGCAGACAGAGAAAGGGAGAGGCAGGCAGACAGAGAAAGGGAGAGGCAGGCAGACAGAGAAAGGGAGAGGCAGGCAGACAGAGAAAGGGAGAGGCAGGCAGACAGAGAAAGGGAGAGGCAGGCAGACAGAGAAAGGGAGAGGCAGGCAGACAGAGAAAGGGAGAGGCAGGCAGACAGAGAAAGGGAGAGGCAGGCAGACAGAGAAAGGGAGAGGCAGGCAGACAGAGAAAGGGAGAGGCAGGCAGACAGAGAAAGGGAGAGGCAGGCAGACAGAGAAAGGGAGAGGCAGGCAGACAGAGAAAGGGAGAGGCAGGCAGACAGAGAAAGGGAGAGGCAGGCAGACAGAGAAAGGGAGAGGCAGGCAGACAGAGAAAGGGAGAGGCAGGCAGACAGAGAAAGGGAGAGGCAGGCAGACAGAGAAAGGGAGAGGCAGGCAGACAGAGAAAGGGAGAGGCAGGCAGACAGAGAAAGGGAGAGGCAGGCAGACAGAGAAAGGGAGAGGCAGGCAGACAGAGAAAGGGAGAGGCAGGCAGACAGAGAAAGGGAGAGGCAGGCAGACAGAGAAAGGGAGAGGCAGGCAGACAGAGAAAGGGAGAGGCAGGCAGACAGAGAAAGGGAGAGGCAGGCAGACAGAGAAAGGGAGAGGCAGGCAGACAGAGAAAGGGAGAGGCAGGCAGACAGAGAAAGGGAGAGGCAGGCAGACAGAGAAAGGGAGAGGCAGGCAGACAGAGAAAGGGAGAGGCAGGCAGACAGAGAAAGGGAGAGGCAGGCAGACAGAGAAAGGGAGAGGCAGGCAGACAGAGAAAGGGAGAGGCAGGCAGACAGAGAAAGGGAGAGGCAGGCAGACAGAGAAAGGGAGAGGCAGGCAGACAGAGAAAGGGAGAGGCAGGCAGACAGAGAAAGGGAGAGGCAGGCAGACAGAGAAAGGGAGAGGCAGGCAGACAGAGAAAGGGAGAGGCAGGCAGACAGAGAAAGGGAGAGGCAGGCAGACAGAGAAAGGGAGAGGCAGGCAGACAGAGAAAGGGAGAGGCAGGCAGACAGAGAAAGGGAGAGGCAGGCAGACAGAGAAAGGGAGAGGCAGGCAGACAGAGAAAGGGAGAGGCAGGCAGACAGAGAAAGGGAGAGGCAGGCAGACAGAGAAAGGGAGAGGCAGGCAGACAGAGAAAGGGAGAGGCAGGCAGACAGAGAAAGGGAGAGGCAGGCAGACAGAGAAAGGGAGAGGCAGGCAGACAGAGAAAGGGAGAGGCAGGCAGACAGAGAAAGGGAGAGGCAGGCAGACAGAGAAAGGGAGAGGCAGGCAGACAGAGAAAGGGAGAGGCAGGCAGACAGAGAAAGGGAGAGGCAGGCAGACAGAGAAAGGGAGAGGCAGGCAGACAGAGAAAGGGAGAGGCAGGCAGACAGAGAAAGGGAGAGGCAGGCAGACAGAGAAAGGGAGAGGCAGGCAGACAGAGAAAGGGAGAGGCAGGCAGACAGAGAAAGGGAGAGGCAGGCAGACAGAGAAAGGGAGAGAGGAGAAGAUGAAGAAGAAGAAGACGCAAAUCAACAAGCAUACACUUCAACUUCGCAUCAGAUCCACUUCUUAGAGAUUGGGACGCCUAUGCUGAAAGCCGUCAGAACCAAAGUCAGUUCCACUGCACGCAACGCGUGCCGCGAUUGCACAUCCCCUGCAGCAUCUGCUACCCGCGUCGCACGCCUUCCAUCCACUGGCACAGCUCGCAGACGUCGCUGGCCAGUCAUCGUGGAGCUGGUGGUAGCUGUGAGCUCCACUAGAGGCAAAUACCACCACCACCACCACCACCACCGCCACCGCCGCCGCCACCUCGACCAUACACUUUGUAUGGUUGUGUCCGAGCUCGAGUCAUUUUCACCUCCCACAUGUUGUAGGCCAGUUAAGCUAGUGCUCGAUCGCUAA